UGUGGGGGUCUUUUUCCCAUCUCCCGCCACUCGCUCGUCACUCGCUCAGGCACGCCGAGGGCAGUCCUCAUGGGGUCCUCGUCGCCAGCCAAGAUGGCUGCCCCCUCGGUGAAGGCUGUGCGAGGAUGGUCGGGCCUGGCCUUGGGUGUGCGGGGUGUUGUCCUGCGGCUUCCAGGGCUAACCCAGGUGAGGUGGAGCCGCUAUGGCCCUGAGUUCCAGGAUCCCCAGACUGACAAGGAGUAUUAUCGCAAGCCCACGGCCCAGCUGACUGAGGAGGAAAAGUAUGAGCGGGAGCUCAGGAAGACUCGGUUCAUCAAAGCUGCCCCAGCGACCAAAACAAGCUCUGUGUUUGAAGAUCCAGUGGUCAGUAAAUUCACCAACAUGAUGAUGAAAGGAGGAAACAAGGUGCUGGCCAGGCACCUCAUGACACAGACUCUGGAAACUGUGAAAAGGAAGCAGUUUGAGAAGUACCAUGCUGCUUCUGCGAAGGAACAGGCAACCAUUGAACGCAACCCCUACACCAUCUUCCACCAGGCUCUCAAAAACUGUGAGCCUGUGAUUGGGCUGGUAUCCAUCCUCAAAAGCGGCCGCUUCUACCAGGUCCCUGUGCCCCUAGCUGACCGGCGUCGCCGCUUCCUGGCCAUGAAGUGGAUGAUUACUGAGUGCCGGGAGAAGAAGCACCGGCGGAUGCUGAUGCCAGAGAAGCUGUCGCAUGAGCUGCUACAGGCUUUCCACAACCAGGGACCAGUGGUCAAGAGGAAACGUGACAUGCACAAGAUGGCUGAGGCCAACCGUGCCCUGGCGCACUACCGCUGGUGGUAGAGGGAGGGUCGAGGCGGAGUAAACAACGGCCAUUUCCCCACGUAUCACAAAACUCAGCCUACCCUCUCUAUCUUAGUCCAGGAAAGAGGGAGGCACACUGAAAAGUCCCUGUGGGUUAAGGAUGCAGCUCUUUUGCAAGGGCAGGCCUCACAAGGACAGGACAGCAUGCUUGUUGUUCGUUAAUUCUUUCUUUGGGGGCUAGAACUUGUCCCCCUUAGCCCAUCUCCUUGUAAAGGGGGAACAUGUUGACUUGAGGAUUUCCCCCAGGAAACUCAGGGCUCAUCUAGCAUCCUCUCAGCUCAGAGUGGACCUUUGGCUGAUAGGAAAGGAAGCAGUUUUAGUAUCAGAAAAGGUUUAUUAGAAAAUUCUCACCCUGAACUGGUGUAGCAUGUGGUACAGAACAGCUAUUCAUUGAAACCGACUGGAGAAAUAGGCUUGUUUCCAAAGUGGUCCUCAUAUAAAAUGUAUAAAAACCCA